GGGGGGCGUGUCGGGUCGCGGAGCGGCGCGGCGGGUCGCGGAGCGGCGCGGAGCGGGGGCGCAGCAUGAGGGCGAGCCCCCCCGUCCCCGCCGGCCCCGCGCCAUGGAGGGAUUCGCCGCCCGCGGGUACGGCACCGGCGGGGCCGACAACCGGCCGCUCUUCGGGGAGACCUCGGCCAGGGACAGAGUCAUCAAUCUAGUCGUUGGCGGCUUAACGUCCUUGCUGCUUGUAGUCACACUAAUCAGUGCUUUUGUCUUCCCGCAACUACCUCCAAAACCUGUGAAUAUAUUUUUCGCUUUCUGCAUCUCCUUGUGUUGCAUUUCUGCCGGCAUACUUAUCUACUGGUAUCGACAAGGAGACCUGGAACCUAAAUUUAGGAACCUAAUUUACUAUAUAUUAUUUUCUAUCGUCAUGUUAUGUAUAUGUGCCAACCUGUACUUCCAUGAAGUGGGCAAAUGAUGGACAUUGGGAAUACCCAGCAACGAUGCUGCUGUGUCAGACUGCUUUCAGCUCAGCUCUCAGCGCUACCCAAGACGUUUAAGUGAGGACAAUCAGCCUGAGAGGAGAGAAGCGGGUUGUGCAAGGAGAAAUCAGUACAUGAUUUUCAUGUAAAUGUAUAUGUAAUGUCCCUCUUGUUGGGGAGAAUUAUUGCCAUAAGACGUGACAUUCUGCUUUUUUUUGAAGAGCUACUGUUGCACUUAAUGAACAUUCCAGUUGUACUGAUGUUUCAGAAUGGCACAAGCUUUUUCAUUUUGGAAAAAACUGCAUUUUUUUAUUACUGUACAAAUAAACUGCAGCAUUGCAAGGAUCUGUAGCAGUAUAAAUAAAUGGCAUCUUACAGUUACGUAAGACAAAUACUCUUUAUUUCGUUUAAACUGAAUAUACAAUUAUUUCUGUUCCCUAGGCAACCAUUUGAAACUACAACUUAUUUUUCACAUUAACAAAAACCACAGACUGAAAAAG